GUAUUUUAAUGACUGUCCAGUCAAUUCUGCAGAAACAAUAACUUUUAACUAGUUGGAAUUCAGAGGACGCUGAUAUAAUGACAAGAUUAAGUUUAGAGGCAAUUAGUCUUUUUAAGAACCGAUUUUUAUGUCAAUCUUAUGUGUAAGGUGUGUGAAUACACUAAGAAAUGUUAUGGCAGUCAUAAGUGGAUCUUUCUUUUGCAAAUACAAGUGCUCCGCCAUAAACAACUUUUAGUUUCAAUAAUCUGUUCUUGUUGUCCUUCAGCAGCAUAAUUAAAAAAUUAAAAAAAACUGUUCUAGCGAGGCCUUAAACUACUGUUUAAAAAAAUAAUUAAAAUCCAUAAUCCAAGCUUUCUCCGAUCAACAGCAUCAUCAGGGAUGAGAAAAUAUUCCGCGCGCGCGCUAUAUUAUAUAUUUAACAAUUAUUCUUUGAAAUCGAGGUGAAUAGUGGCAAAAUAUUUACCGAGCCGCGAAAGCGGCGAGGUAAAUAUUCCCAAAGCCACUAUUCACCGAGAUUGAGAAGAAUAAUUGUUUUAGUAUAUACACACGAAGUGAUCUCAACAAAAUCAGAAAGGAAACCAUUCAAAAGUAGGAUUUGAUUGACAGAUCAAAUCACGCGUAAGUUUAAAAAUAGAUCUUUGCAGAAUUUUCAAACAUGGCAAUUCACAAGUUCAUUUCGCAAACAACAGCGUAAUGGCUUCAAUGGAAUCGCUAAAAGUUUGAACUGUUUCCUUACCUGAGAAAAAAAGUAGAGCUGUGUUGUUUUCUGUUGACUCGCCAAGUUUAUAGCCAAAAGGGCAUGUUGUGUCGUUCUUCGCAUGAAGUGCUGACAAAAAUGGCGGCUCGGUUGCUCGAGGUAAGAGGUCGUCUUCCUGUAUCAUUCUUUUUCCUGUUUACUUGAAAUGUAGAAUUUCUGCAAACAUUUCCUUUUAAAUUUGUUUGUCAUAAAUAAACUUCGAUUUUUGAGCCAAAAUUUUCUUCUUAGAAAACGCUGAGUUCACGAAACGGCUUCUUCUACGCGAAUACACGGGAGUUGUAAACAAUCCAUCGAGCACAAAACUCCUGCUACAGUAAAUUGAAAAACGCCGUAUUGAAUCCUUCCAAGUCUUUUCUUGCCUUAAAAAAAGUCAGCCCUAGGAUUUUGUCGACUUUUAAAAGAUCGUUCUCUAAAAAAAACGGGAAAAACACCGAGCUCACACAUUAUCCACUCGCUAGGAGGUGAAUAUUGUUGAAUAGUCCGAGAUAGCGAACCAAUCAGAUUGCUUAAAUCACCAAGAUCACUGAGUGUGUAUAUACUAAAUAUAUAUAUAUGCAAAUUUCAAAAGGUAUUGGGUGAAAUGUGUAAAAGAUGUGACGUAUAUAGGAAAGCUGUAGAAAUAAAUUGUGAAUGGAAUACAACGCUCUCAUUAUGGAAUGUCUCUCGACAAAGGACCUCUAAAAGUGCUUAAGAAUGGUCUGUAAAAUACUAACAUAGUAGGUCUGCGAAUUCACUACUUUCCUCCCGGGAAUUGAGUGUAGGCUUGCACUUUCUAAUGUAAAAUGCUUCAUAAAGGCGUAGAUUAGAAGGGUCGUUUUCGCUCAUAAUAAUCUUGACCUCAAUGCCUUUGUAGUCUUUGUUCUGGUAGGAAUAUACUUUCAGUUUAUACCCACUUUUUCUUCGUCCUAGAAUAAGAAGCUGGUCCUGACCCAUAUGGAGAGAGCUGAGAAGGCAAAAGUAAGUUUGCUGAGAUAUUUAGGUUGCGUUCUUUUUAGCCAAACUUUUUUUUGGAUAUAGACAAUCCGGACGGUUGGAUUGUCGUGGUAGAAACAAGAACAAAAAUCUAAAAAAGAUUGAUCCAUACUGUAGUUGGCUGCUGCACUGAUCUCCUUCGCAAUUUUCUCGCAUCGCUUUUGAUUUUUUUUUUCCCGCUAAUUGAAACAGUCUUCUCGAAGAGCAAUGGAAGGGAAAGUAUUCCUUUGGCUAGUAGCGGGUUCAUACUGGGACUCAUCAACUUGAAAUUAUCUUGAAUUUGAACCAAACAAACUCAGAUAACUACGAAACCUCAAAUGCUGAGAGAUGAACAUUUUAUGGUGAGAAUCCCCUAGCGUUUGCGAAUCUUGAGUUACAGUACCAUUAUGAGUUGAAUAUAUUACAGCUUUUAAGUCACAUAAAACAUCGGAGGAGUAUAAAUAGCGUUUGCCUGUUUAUCGAUCACCUGAUGAACGAGUACAUUCUUGUGAUCGAAAAGCAGUGUGGUUGAAUGAAACAAAAGUCUAAAACGAGAUUGAGAUACCAAUCUAAACGAUCCAAGUGCGGAGGUAGAUCGUUCUGAUUGCAAUCGAACGGAAAGUGGAAUUGUUCGUUCGCAAAAUCCGGAUUUAGAUUGGUGAAGAGGACCCCUGCAACGCAAGUGUAGUGUGCUCUCGUUGUUAAUUUAACCAAAGCAAAAAAAAAUUGAAAAAGCGUCACUUGGUGGAAGGAUUGAAAAUGCCAUAUUUUUAAUGAGGUUAAAUAAAUAUUUAUUUAACAGAGUUAACAACAAGGAGCGCGAGCGUGGUCAGCGGUCGGUCGUUUGGCUCAAGCGCGGUCAGCCUUGCUUGCAUCACCUCCAUGUGCUCAGUACAGUGUUUUCGUGGCGGCCAUUCUAUUCGUUUAGCCUUUGGAUCAUUCUUUUACCGUCUGAUUCUCGCUGUUUUUUGCUGUUGCGGUCAAACCGUUUUCUUUCUACGUUGUCUUCGGCUACGCCUGGAUUUUGUGCAAUCGUUGUUUUUGCUUGGGUGUUUUGUCUGAUACUUCAUGGUUGGAUAGUUCGACAACAGCUUGGUUGCGGUGUUUUUCGCGGAACGACUGUGGUCUUGCGUUUACUUGCUUGACGGUCACGCGGCUCACGAUUUUAGCGUUCUAGCGGUCCAUGAGCUUAGCCGUCUGCCGGUCCACGAGCUUAGCGGUGCGGUCAAGCGAUUCGCGAGCCCAAAAGGUGAAGCGAUCCUCAAGCUUAGCGGUGAAGCAGUCCUCGAGCUUAGCGGUGAAGCGGUCCUCGAGUUUAGCGGCGAAGCAGUCCUCGAGCUUAGCGGUGAAGCGGUCCACGAGCCUAGCGGUGAAGCGGUCCACGAGCUUAGCGGUGAAGCAGUCCUCGAGCUUGGCAGUUCAGCGGUCCACAAACUUAGUAGCGGUCAAGCGAUUCCCGAGCUUAAAGGUGAUGCGGUCCCCGAGCUUAGCGGUGAAACAGUCCUCGAGCUUAGCGGUGAAGCGGUUCACGAGUUUAGCGGUGAAACAAUCCUCGAGUUUAGCGGUGAAGCAGUCCUAGAGUUAGCGGUGAAGCGGUCCACCAGCUUAGCGGUGAAGCCGUCCACGAGCUUAGCGGUGAAGCAGUCCACGAGCUUAGCGGUGAAGCAGUCCUCGAGCCCAGCGGUGAAGCGGUCCUCGAGCUUAGUGGUGAAGCAGUCCUCGAGCUUAGCGGUGAAGCGGUCCUCGAGCUUAGCGGUGAAGCAGUCCUCGAGCUCAAGUUUAGCUGGCAUUCAGUUGAGUAGUCCGCCACCAGCUUAUCAGUCUCCGCCUGUCAACGGUCAAACUCACAUGGAACGUGGCUACUUCGUCACAGCCAGGAGUAUCAAAUUGAGCGGUUUUUGUGGCGGUUGCGUCAGCGUGAAGCUGUUGGAAGCGGUUGUUUUUUAGCGUCCCCCCCUCCACGCAACCCUCUAUGCCUCCUUCCACUGUUUCGUCUUGCUUCAAUGUGACGGGUGUCUGGAAAGGGGGGCCAUGGCUUGGUUGCGGGGAUUUGCCAGCCAUGGGAGAGGAUUCUAGGGGCUGGCUGACCACAGUGGAGGCCCUUGGAUACCCCAGGCACUAACAUUCCUUCUAGUAUUUUUGUAGUAAAUAGUUUUACUAGUUUUACUAGUACUAUAAAAAUAUUAUAGUCUUGUUGUUUUGUUUUAUGGAGUGUUUGAGUUGGACGUUUGUGGCAUUAUGAGGCGUUCGGGCUGGUCCCGUUUGUAGUGUUUAUGGGGCAUUGGGGUUGGACAUUUGUGGCGUCUACAGGGUUUGUAUUGUUUAUGGAGUGUUUGUGGGUUAGAAGUUUGUGGCGUUCACAACGUUUGUAACGUUUCUGAGGCGUUCAGCCUGGUCUUUUUAUUUUAUUCAUUUAUUUAUUUAUUUUUGCGUGGCGUUGCGUUUAGCAUUUAUGGGGCAUUGGGGUGGGACUCUUGUGGCGUUUACAGGGUUAGUAGGUUUUUAUUGGGCAUUGGGGUUGGACGUUUGUGGCGCUUUUCAGCGUUUGUUGUGUUUAUGAGGCAUGCAGGCUGGUCUGUUUAUUUAUUUAUUUAUUGUGUGGCGUGGCGUGGCGUGGCGUUUCGUGUAGCGUUUAUGGGGCAUUGGGGUGGGACCCUUGUGGCGUUCACAGCAUUUGCAGCGUUUAUCAGGCGUUUGGGCUGGUCAUUUUAUGUCCAUUUCGAGUGUUUGCAGCAGUUAGGGGGCUUUGGGGCGGGACCCUUGUGGCGUUUACAGUGUUAGUAGUUUUUUCUUGGGCAAUGGGGUUGUUCAGUUGUGGCGCUUUUCGCGUUUGUAGUGUACAUGAGGGAUGCAGGCUGGUCUUUUUAUUUUAUUCGUUUAUUUUAUUUUAUUUUUUUGGUGUGGCGUUGCGUUUAGCGUUUAUGGGGCAUUGGGGUGGGACCCUUAUGGCGUUUACAGUGUUAGUAGGUUUUUAUUGGGCAUUGGGGUUGGACGUUUGUGGCGCUUUUCAGCGUUUGUAGCGUUUAUGAGGCAUGCAGGCUGGUCUGUUUACUUUAUUUAUUUAUUUAUUUUUUUUUAUUGUUUGGCGUGGCGUGGCGUUUCGUGUAGCGUUUAUGGGGCAUUGGGGUGGGGCCCUUGUGGCGUCCACAGCGUUUGUAGCGUUUAUGAGGCGUUUGGGCUGGUCGCCUUUUUGUGGCAUUUAGAGUGUUGGUAACGCUUAUGGGUCAUUGGGGUGGGACCCUUGUGGCGUUUACAGUGUUUUUUAUUGUUUAUGGAGUGUUGGGGUUGGACGUUUGUGGCUUUCACAGCAUUUGUAGCGUCUAUAAGGCGUUCGGGCUGGUUCUUUUGGUGGCGUUUAGAGUGUUAGUAGUGUUUAUGGGGGAUUAGGGUGGGACCCGUCUGGCAUUACAGAAACGCGCCCAUUGAAAAACGUCGCCCGUGAAAAGUGGGGUACCCAUUAGGCUUUGCGAGCAAAAACGAAGUUUCAAAGACUACCGUCGUUUUCGGUCUCUUAUGAACUUCAUAGCAGUUAACUAUUCUCACACUUUCAAGAGACAAUGCAGAAACAAUAGAAGUAGGUUACCAUUGUUUUAUGUGUUGGAAUGUCUUUGUCAUUGCUACAAAGAAGAAAAUGUUUAUGCAAAGAGAAGCAUUUUUCUUCCUCGUGCACUAACAUAAAACCCUCGCGAAUUCGGUAGUCUCGUGCGAAUCUUUUGAUGGCAAAACAGUUAAAGCUAAUCAGAAACCAAAGUAUUCUUCACUUAAAAACUCAUCUUCACGAAAAUCACUCGAUACGAUUGAAUAAAAAUGUUUGCAGCGUUUAUGAAUAUUAUUAUCAGAAGCGGUAUUGUAGUUGUUUUCAAGAGACGGAUUAGAUCGCUGUUUCGGUUUGGCCGUUAAAUAUGUAGUUAUAGCGUUCUUAAAGAAAGUAUCGCUCUUAAUUUUGCCUUAUACUUUGCUAAAGAAUGUAAGUGAGAGUGCUUUCUCGUCGAAUUUGCCCGUAAAUUUUAAGGUUUAUAAUAUUAUCCAAAACCCGUGUCAAAAUGUAAACAAACUAUUAACGCAUCGGUUGCGCUCAUAUUUCAUCGAUCGAUUCGAACACCAAGAAGUUUGUAAAAGGUAGAAAUUCAUUUUAAGUCAGUGCAUUGAAUUAUUUACGGCAAAAUCAACAACAAGCAUGGAGGAUUUUUCAAUUUUGAAGCGUUUAACAGCAAAAGUCACAUGCUAAUUCGGAGUAAAUUUAGACAGUUUUUAAACAGACUGAGCUAUUGUUAGUCGCGUGAAGUUCUAUUCUUCAUCGAAGAAUAGGCAAAUGUUGCGGAUGUCUGAGCAGGAACAAUAACCAGGAAAGGGAUAUACCCAGGGGAUUUCUUGAUUGACACUAAAUUAACGUCAUUUUUCACUUAUUUGCAUUUUCACGAUCGACGUUUUUGAAUGGGCGCGUUUCUGUAAUGGGCGUUUACAGCGUUAGUAGUGUUUAUGGGGCAUUGGCGGUGAACAUUUUUGUGCCGUUUACGGUGUUUGUAUUGUUUAGGAAGUGCUUGGGAUGGACGUUCGUCAAGUUCACAGUGUUUGUAGCGUUUAUGAGGCAUUUGAGCCAGUCAUUUUUGUGGCAUUCAGCGUGUUUGUAGCGUUUAUGGGGCAUUAGGGUUGGUCCGUUGUGGUGUUUACAGAGUUAGUAGUAUUUAGGGGCGUUGGGUUGGACGUUGGUGGCGUUUGACAGCAUUUGUGGCAUUUAUGGGGCGUUGGUGUUGCACGUUUGGCACUUGGGUUUUGUUUCGCCUUUAUAUGCUUCUUCAUGCUCAGCAUAGGUGGGUGCCUCCGGGUUUGGUGUAUUGGGGCUCAGGCUUCUCCUAGCCAUGAGCCCCUUCUCUCCGAGCUUGGAAUUCAGCUCGGAGGUCCCUUCGGCUUGGCGUGGGGGCUCAUGGCUGGAGGGCGCGGGUUUGCCAGCCAUGGGGGCGUAACUCUGUCUAGGGGCUGGCCGUGCCAUAGGUGGAAGCCCCUGGACAUCCCGGGCACCUACCUCCACUCAGCGACGCAGUUGUUAAAUGAGGUUAAAUAUAUAUUUAUUUAACAGAGUUAACAACAAGGAGCGCGAGCGUGGUCAGCGGUCGGUCGUUUGGCUCAAGCGCCGUCAGCCUUGCUUGCAUCACCUCCAUGUGCUCAGUACAGUGUUUUCGUGGCGGCCAUUCUCUUCGUUUAGCCUUUGGAUCAUUCUUUUACCCCCAUCCCUCCCCCCCUUAAGUCUUCCACUGUUAUCAGUGUGACGGGUGCCUGGUUCCAUUGGCGUGGGGGCUCAUGGCUGGAGGGCGCGGGUUUGCCAGCCAUGGGGGCGUAACUCUGUCUAGGGGCUGGCCGUGCCAUAGGUGGAAGCCCCUGGACAUCCCGGGCACCUACCUCCACUCAGCGACGCAGUUGUUAAAUAUUGAAUAAUUAUCUCUAGCAUUGAUUAUGAUACAGACGGUAAAGUUAUUAGUACGGAGAUACAUGUACGCCGGGAUAGUUAGACCCACAAGAGAGGGUGGUAACAUGGUAGGUAACCCGGUGUUAGGUAAUUGGACUGAUGGAUUUGGCUGUUAUCAAAAGGAUUUUCAAGAGAGGGGGAACUCUCUUGGGAUUAUGUAAUCUUUUACAUUAUAUUCAUUUUACUCUCUGAGAAAAGUAUAUUUUUUGAAAUAGGCAUCGAGAGGCCCUCUACACAAGGCUGCUAUCAGUGGACAAUACGAGACGGUCAAAAUGCUUCUUGAAAGUGGCGAAGAUGUGGAUCAAAAAGAUCAGGUUUUAGUCUUCCCCGGUCUAUGUGAAUCUAAUGUAUCUUCAGUAGAUUACGAGCAGGCGCUUGUGUUUGGGUUUGCGCUAGCUUUUAAGCUCGCGGGGAUUAGAAGCAAAAACCUGCACCAAAGCCUUUGAGUGUUGCAUGCCUUGUGUUCAUGAACGAACACAGCAUUCUUAUUGGGCCAGUAAUGAAAAAUCAUUGAUAACAGAACAAGAAAAUCACAAAAUUCUGUUUUAGCGGAUUUUCUUUAAAAAAGAAUAUUUUGGGCUUUAUCUUUAUAAUCCAGUGAUUGUAGUCAAAACGUAUCACAGUGUAUUGCUGUUUGCGUCUUCAUUCUUGGCUUAGAUUUCCUCGAUCCAUAUAGACAAAGUGCUUGCAUGGCUGAGUUUUAGAAAGAUCUACGUCCUCAAGGCGAGUUUCAUUAAAAACUUGCUUCAAAUUACUGACAUAAAUUUCCUUCCAACUACAAGCAAGCCAAUGGAUUUUGAGACGCAAGUUUUCCUUAAAGUAUAAGCCUAGCCGAUUUUGAAACGCAAAUUUCCCCCCGUAUAUAAGGCCCACCAAAAAUAAGCCCCUCAAAAAGGGCCUUUGAAAAAUAUAAGCUCCGGGGCUUCUUUUCGGAAUGUUACGGUAAUUUAGAUUCAGGUUUUUUUUUCUUGUUUGCUCGUUUUACCCGCCUGAAAAUGUUAUAACUUUACUUUCACAAUAUAAAAGAAGAAGUGUUCUUAAUGUAAACCGGUAGCCUUGUUCAACCAAUUCCUAAUGGAAAAAAGACCUGUAAACGCUGCAUUUAGAGAUAUUUUUAGUGUUACACUUGAGCUUCUCCUUGUAAACUGAAAAAGAUAAAUUAGUUCAAUAACAGCCUCUAGUUUUAUUUCAUGCAAGAACAUCAUUAUUGCUGGACAAGCUGACUUUUUUUACCCUUUUUUAUUCUUUUUUCUCCCUAAUUCUGUAGUUUUCUCUGACUCCUCUUCAUCUUGCCUGUUGGUAUGGACAGGAAUCUGUUGUCCGGUUGUUACUAGAGCGUAGUGCCAACGUCAAAGCUAAAGACAGGGUGAGUUAGUGAGUUUUUUUCCUUUGACCAAUGAUAGGGGGCGUAAGUAACAACGACGGCGACGUGAACGAGAACGGCAAAAAAGCCAAAGGUUUAUUAUACAAAUCAUGACCUCUGGAAAGAGACAUUUUAUGUUUAAUUAAGGCUGUCAUUAGUUUUCGUCACACAGCAAUUAAUUUAGCUCAUGCUACAAAACGCAUGUCCAGGGCUGUGGUAAGCAACGCAUGUUACUUUGCUUAAAUGUUUUUAGUUUCAACGUACACCUCUGCAAAAAGCUGAACGUCAAAACCACCGUUCCAUAGUGCAGUUGCUGCUGAAGAAUGAUGCCAGGCCAAAAGUUCAACCAGUAAGAUAUCAGAUUUUGUCAGUCUUCCCUAAUCCAUUUUGCCAUGGAGUUCUACCUACAAUGUUCAAAGUUACCUAUACAUUAUUGAACGAGUUUUUUAGUCGCUUUUUCUUUUUCUUUAGAUACCUUACAUUUGUUGUUAUUUAUGGAAUACCUUACCUAAGAACCUUAGAACUGAAGACCUAAGCCUGUCUUGCUUUAAAAAAAACCGUUGCAGAGAUUUUUACAAAAAAAUAAGAUUAUAGGGACUUUAAUCCUGAUCGCCCACAUGUUACCUGGGUGUAAAAUCAUAGUCUAGUCUUAUAUCAUAAUUAUAUAAUUAUAAUUAUAUGUGUUACUUUUUCUAACAACUUCUUUUUGUUUCCUUUUUUUACAUUGUAAGUUAUAUUUCAACUGAGUCAGGAGUAGCUCGUUUGGUUCUUCUGUUCUCCACUACUCCUUCCCUUCUUCUCUCUUCGUGUAUACAGUUAAAAUUGAUUAAAUCCUAAUUAAAAUUUAAUUUGAAAUUGAAAUGUCUUUAUUUCCAAUACACGGCAACAACAUUAAUAGAUUAUCUACCAAAAAGAUACUUAAGAAUUAUAGUCUAAUGAAAACAUCUUUAUUAUUUUCGCUCAUGAACAUAAUCAUUUUUAUGAUAGGUCAGUUUAAGGAAACUCUCGAGAAAAGCUUUCUUGCAAGUGGAUACACAAUCUGGAUUUAAUCUGCUCCAGGCUGCUGUCUUAGACGGAGAAUACAACAUUGUUUUAAAUGCUUAUGGCCUUCUUGAUAACAUCGUAGAAGAGAUGGAACUUGUAACAACGGGAAAUAACGCUAAAGAUUUUCCAGGAAAGACCGCAGUUGACAUCUUAUCUCUAAUAAAGAGAAGAAAAACAAGUCAUCAUAGAAUCGAGAGACUUUAUAACAAGUGGGCUAAGGACAACAGUAGACUGACUGAACUGCAGUGGGCCGCAUGCCAUGAUGAUGCGGAACAGGCAGUUGAGUUUGUAUUAAAUGAUGGUGUAGAUAUUAACGCCCCAGGGUCAAACAAUGAUUGGACAGCUUUGCUGCAGGCGAGUCGUUCAUCCUCAAGUCAGUUCAUUGAGACCCUCAUUGAUCUUGGAGCGGACGUUAAUGGCCAAAGAAAAGAGAGAAAAGAAACUCCUUUAAUAUUAGCAGCUGACUGGAACAACUACAUGGCAGCGUACGUGCUUGUAAGACAUGAAGCUGAUGUAAAUGUACAGCCUAGUAAUGGGUUCACAGCAGUGCACUUAUCAGUUAAAAAAAAUCACGAAAAUCUCAUCAAGUUAUUACUUGCAAACAAUGUGGAUUUAAAUAUUCAAGAUAAUGGUAAAAAUACACCACUUUUCGUAUCAGUCCAAAGUAAUGCGGAAAACCUCGUCAGAUUAUUACUCGAACAUAACGCUGAUGCAAAUAUGAAAGAUUAUUUUGGAUAUACACCGUUGCACUGGUGUGCCAGAGAGGGUAACGAAAACGUAUGUAGAUUGUUACUUCAUCACAACGCGGAUGUAAAUGCUCAAGAUAAAGGUGGAUAUACACCCUUGCACUCGUGUGGCAGAGAGAUUAACGGAAACCUCUGUAGACUGUUACUUGAACACAACGCGGAUGAAAAUAUUCAAGAUAAUCAUGGAUAUACACCCUUGCACUGGUCUGCCUUUGAGGGUAACGAAGAGCUCUGUAGAUUGUUACUUGAACACAACGCCGAGGUAAAUGUUCAAGGUAACGAUGGAUAUACACCAUUGCACUGGUGUGCCAGAGAGGGUAACGAAAACAUCUGUAGAUUGUUUGUUGAGCAUAAAGCGGAUGUAAAUAUUCAAGAUGAAGAUGGAUAUACACCCUUGCACCGGUGUGCCAGAGAGGGUAACGAAAACAUCUGUAGAUUGUUUGUUGAGCAUAAAGCGGAUGUAAAUAUUCAAGAUGAAGAUGGAUAUACACCCUUGCACCGGUGUGCCAGAGAGGGUAACGAAAAUCUCUGUAGAUUGUUUCUUGAGCAUAACGCGGAUGUAAAUAUUCAAGAUGAAGAUGGAUAUACACCCUUGCACCGGUGUGCCAGAGAGGGUAACGAAAAUCUCUGUAGAUUGUUUCUUGAGCAUAACGCGGAUGUAAAUAUUCAAGAUGAAGAUGGAUAUACACCCUUGCACUGGUGUGCCAGAGAGGGUAACGAAAACCUCUGUAGAUUGUUACUUGAACAUAACGUUGAUGUAAAUACUCAAGGUGAAGAUGGAUAUACACCCUUGCUCUCGUGUGCCAGAAAGAGUAAGAAUAACAUCCCUAGGUUGUUACUUGAACACAGCGCGGAUGUGAAUAUUCAAGAUAAUUAUGGAUAUACACCCUUGCACUGGUGUACCUUAAAGGGGAAUGUAACCCUCUGUAGAUUGUUAAUUGAACACAACGCGGAUGUAAAUACUCAAGAUGAAGAUGGAUAUACACCCCUGCACUUGAGUGCCACAAAGGGUAACGAAAACCUUGUCAGAUUGUUUCUUGAACAUAACGCGGACGUAAAUGUGAAAGGUUCUCUUGGAUAUACACCUUUGCACUGGUGUGCCAGAGAGGGUAACGAAAACCUCUGUAGAUCGUUACUUGAACACAACGCGGAUGUAAAUAUUCAAGAUGCAUAUGGAAAUACACCCUUGCACUUGAGUGCCAGAAAGGGUAACGAAAACCUCGUCAGAUUGUUUCUUGAACAUAACGCGAACGUAAAUAUGACAGGUUCUCUUGGAUAUACACCUUUGCACUGGUGUGCCAGAGAGGGUAACGAAAACCUCGGUAGAUUGUUACUUGAUCACAACGCGGAUGUAAAUGUUCAAGGUAACGAUGGAUAUACACCUUUGCACUGGUGUGUCAAAGAGGGUAACGAAAACCUCUGUAGAUUGUUGCUUGAGCAUAACGAGGAUGUAGAUACUCAAGACGAAGAUGGAUAUACACUCUUUAACUCGUGUGCAAGAAAAAGUAACAAAAACAUCCUUAGGUUGUUACUAGAACACAGUGCGGAUGUGAAUAUUCAAGAUAAUUAUGGAUAUACACCCUUGCACUGGUGUACCUUAACGGGGAAUGUAAACCUCUGUAGAUUGUUAAUUGAACACAACGCGGAUGUAAAUACUCAAGAUGAAGGUGGAUAUACACCCUUGCACUGGUGUGCCUUAACAGGAAACGAAAUCCUCUGUAGAUUGUUAAUUGAACACAACGCGGAUGUUAAUACUCAAGAUGAAGAUGGAUAUACACCCUUGCACAUGAGUGUUAGAAAUAGUAACGAAAACGUCUGUAGAUUGUUACUUGAACGCAACACGGAUGAAAAUAUUCAAGAUAAUUUUGGAUAUACACCCUUGCACUGGUGUGUCCUAACGGAGAACGAAACCCUCUGUAGUUUGUUAAUUGAACACAACGGGGAUGUAAAUACUCAAGAUGAAGAUGGAUAUACACCCUUGCACUGGAGUAUUAGAAAGGGUAACGAAAACCUCUGUAGAUUGCUACUUGAUCACAACGCAGAUGUAAAUGCUCAAGAUGAAGAUGGAUAUACAGCCUUGCAC